GCGGCACAGCAGCGUGGAGGUCUGGAGCUCCAUUCGGCUCAUCUCGGAGGGCUACCCAGGUGACUCGCCUGAUGGCCUGCACACGGGGCCGCUGGCUGUGAACUACGCUAUCCAGAUCUUGACCAACAUGUACUGCAACGACCACAUGAAUUACAACGAUGGCACCUGCUGCAGCAGCCCGGAGCCAGUGACCUGGCUGCAGACCAUCACCUUUACAUGUUUCUCAAUAGUUCUGCUACUGAGCCUGGCCCUGGGGGUGCGGCAGCGACUGUGGCCCACAAGUGAGUCGCCAUUGCAGGGUGUGCUGCAGCAGCUGUCGCGGCUAGGCCUCAUCAUGGCCUACUUCUUUGUGUGUGACCGGACUAACUUCUUCAUGCGGGAGAACAAGUACUACACGCACCUCAACUUUUUCCUGCCUGUGGCAUAUGUGUUUGCUCUGGGACUGUUCUUCACCGAGGAGACGCAACAGACACAAGUGCUGCACCGGGACCAGACGGACGAGUGGAAGGGUUGGAUGCAGCUGGUGUUGCUGGUGUACCACAUGACCGGCGCCAGCCAGGUGCUGCCCGUGUAUGUGCAUGUGCGGGCACUCGUGUCGGCCUACCUCUUUCUGGCGGGCUAUGGCCACUUCUCGUACUUCUGGCACCAGGCGGACUUUGGGCUGCUGCGGCUGGCGCGGGUGCUCUUCCGCACCAACCUCCUGGUGGUGCUGUUGUGCCUGUGCAUGAAUCGACCGUACCAGUUCUACUACUUUGUACCUCUCGUCUCAUUCUGGUUCCUUGUGGUGGCGGCCACCCUGGGCAGUCUGCCGCGCAUCUCGGCUGCCUCGGCCGAGGCCAAUCCACUGCACCACCUCUACGUCGUGCUCAAGUUUGUUGGCCUCUUCUCAGUCCUCACCGUGCUGUACAUGUCAGAGGUGUUCUUUGAGAAGAUAUUCGUCACACGACCUUGGAAGGCUCUGUUCGUUACCACUGAUGACUCUAUCAAGGAGUGGUGGUUUCGCUGGAAGAUUGAUCGCUAUAGUGUGGCGAGCGGCAUGCUGUUUGGCUUUGCACACUACCUGCUGCGGCAGUACCGGGUCAUUGGGGACAACCACCACGGGAACCUGUUCUCCCGGGGCCUUUCCCUCACGGUUGCCUUUGGAGCCCUGCUGGGUCUUGGGUUCUACACCACAUUUGCAUUCGUGUGUCGCUCCAAGCCUGACUGCAAUGAGGUUCAUGCGUAUGUCUCCUUUGUUCCGAUCUUGAGCUACAUUAUCCUGCGGAAUAUCAGUGGACUGCUGCGCACCCGUUACAGCACUUUCUUUGCCUGGUUUGGAAAGAUUUCCCUCGAGCUGUUCAUUGCGCAGUACCACAUCUGGCUGGCGGCAGACACCCAUGGAGUGCUGGUCCUGGUGCCUGGCUACCCUGUGCUGAAUGUUAUGGUCACUUCUCUUGUGCUGGUGUGCGUGGCUCACGAGGUGCAUGUUCUGACGGGAUGCCUCAUGCCGCUGGCUGUGCCAGCUGACUGGAAGUACCUGGUGCGCAAUGUGGUCGUCUUUGGCCUACUCCUGGUACCCAUUGGUGUCCACGAUGGCAUGUUCUGAAAUAAAUGUAUGUUGUUAUUACCUAGG